AUGGAUUAUUUCCGUAAAGUUUUAGGAGGACCGCAGGGGGAUGUUCAUUCAUCCAGCACGGCAGAAACGAUUGAACGAUUAUGCGAACGUGUGUCAUCAUCAACACUGCUUGAUGAUCGCAGGGACGCAGUGAGAGCACUGAAAGCGCUCUCCAAAAAAUUUCGACUGGAAGUUGGAACCCAAGCCAUGCAUAUUCUUUUGAAUGUCUUGCAACAGGACAGGAGUGACACAGAGAUUAUUGGUUACACUUUGGAUACGCUGUAUCAUGUGAUGUCAAACGAAUCAGCAGAGGAAGAUGAUUCUAGAGGCCAGGUUAGCAGUGAUCUUGGUGCACAGUUCACAGAAAUUUUCAUCAAAAGACAUGAAAAUGUCUCUCUCCUCAUGUCGUUUCUUGAUGACUACGACUUCCAUGUGAGGUGGCCAACUGUCAAGCUUCUGACUGUAAUGCUUACCAACAAGCAGAAGGAUCUGCAAGAUAUCAUCCUAGUGGUUCCUAUGGGUGUCUCCAGGUUGAUGGAUGUCCUUUCAGACAGCCGUGAGAUUAUCCGCAAUGAUGCUCUGCUUUUGUUAAACCAGCUUACAAGGGGUCAUGCUAACAUCCAGAAAAUUGUUGCCUUUGAGAAUGCAUUUGAAAGAAUCAUUGAGAUUGUGAGAGAGGAGGGAGGCUCUGACGGAGGUAUUGUGGUAGAGGACUGCCUUCUGCUAUUGCAAAACCUCCUGCGUAACAAUGUAUCUAACCAGAAUUUCUUUAAAGAAGGCAGCUACAUACAGAAACUGAAGCCGUUCUUCCACCUGGAUGAUGAUCCGCAGGCAAAGCAUCCUGGCUGGUCAGCUCAGAAAGUUACCAAUAUGCACCUUAUGUUACAGCUUGUACGCACACUAGUGUCACCGAACAAUCCACAGAAUCAAACAGUAGCGUGUCAGAGGGUCAUGAAUCACUGUGGUUUGUUGCAAGAUCUUUGCUCAAUCCUGAUGGCAAGUGGGGUUCCUGCAGAUGUUCUCACUGAGACAAUCAACACAGUAUCAGAAGUGAUCAGAGGCAAUCAUCAGAAUCAAGAACACUUUGCUUCAGUUUUAGCUCCUUCUGUUCCUCCGAGGCCUGCAAUAGUUGUCCUGCUAAUGUCCAUGGUCAAUGAGAAGCAGCCGUUUGUGCUGAGGUGUGCAGUCUUGUAUUGUUUCCAGUCAUUUCUCUACAAGAAUGAGGUGGGCCAGUCACAGAUUAUACAGACACUGCUGCCCACAACUGCUGAUGCCAACUCUAUCACUGCUGGUCAGUUGCUGUGUGGAGGCCUCUUUAGUGCAGACCCCUUGUCUAACUGGUAUGCUGCUGUUGCCUUGCUUCAUGCCAUUGUGGAGAACCCCACACAGAAGGAGCAGUUGCUGCGAGUACAGUUGGCCACCAGCCUGGGCAACCCUCCAGUCUCGUUACUUCAGCAGUGCUGCAACAUGUUGUCUCAAGGAGGUAAGCUGCAGACCAGGAUUGGCCUUCUGAUGAUCUUGUGUGGUUGGCUGGCUGAUUGCCCCCUUGCUGUCUCCCACUUCCUCAACACAGCUGCCAAUGUUCCUUUUCUGAUAUCUCAAAUAUCCUCUAGUGAAGGGGAUGAACAGGAGACCAUCAUCCAUGGAUUGUGUGCCUUCCUGCUUGGUGUCUGCAUGCUGUAUAACGAUGACCGCAAUGAGGCCUUCUCCAAGAGCUCCCUGAAACAGAUCAUACAGAACCGAAUUGGGCUGGAGUCAUUCUCUGAUAAACUGAUACAGGUGGCACAGAAUGAAAACUACACAAGAGCAGCCAAGAAGCCCCACCUUAACUACAAGCAUCCCAGUGAGAUUGUCUUUGACUAUGAAUUCACCAGGCUGUUUAAAAGCCUCGAGAAUGAGAUCCUCAAGGCUGUAUCAGGAAAAGGUAGCAGGAUUAACGGCAGGAAAGUGUCUGGCACUAGUUCUGAGGAGUACAAACAUUUACUGAAGGAACAAGAGGACACUGUGUUCAGUUUACGACAGAGAGUGGAAGAAUUGCAGGCUCAUAAUUUUACUGCAGAUAAAACAAUAUCCGAUCUAAGAGGUCAAGUGCAGUUGUUGAAAGACCAGAAUGCCUUGUUGAAGGCUCAGAAAGUAACCAAAUCUAUUACUGUUUCUCCAGCUGUUACGUCUGCAUCAGGAGAAGAACUGGAAAGCUUGAGGAGGGAAGUAGAGAACCUAAGACUGCAGCUACAUGACAGGGAUGUCAGACUUCUGGCAUCU